UCCCGAUUCCGUCCCUCCCCAAGAAAAAUAUAGCAAUAGAAAGAGACUCUAUAGAGAGAGAGAGACAUAAAGCGAUGACGGAACACCGUGAGAAGGAGCCGUAUCUGAAAUUGUCCCCCAGCAUCGGUGAGACCGAGGAGGAGAUCACCACCGUCCAUCAGGAUUCCCUUCAUCAGAUCUCCGCAGCCAGUCACCUGGCGGAACCACCGGCGGCGGCAGCGGCAGCGGCGAAGGAGGAGGAAGACGGCGACGACAACUCCAGCGACGAUUUCGAGUUCACAUUCGCGGCGAGGGACCCGGAGGCGGAGACCUCCAUCACUGCCGAUGAGAUCUUCUCCAACGGCCGCAUCCUCCCCUCCUACCCCGUCUUCGGCAGCAACUUCCUCAUCUCGCCGGCGGCGGAGAUGGAACGGAGCUCCACGUCGUCUGAUUCGUCGGAGGCGGACGCGGCGGUGGGGGCGUACUGCGCGUGGUCUCGGCCGUCGGCGGGGCAAUGCAAGAAGAGCGCCUCCACCGGGUCAGCCCGGCGGUGGCGGCUCCGCGACCUGAUGGUGGGGCGGAGCCACAGCGACGGGAAGGAGAAGUUUGUCUUCCUAGCGGCGGACGAUAAAACCCAUAAGGCGGCGUCGGCGUCGGCGACGGCGACGAAGAAAGGGGAGAAGAAGGGGGCUCGGGCGACGGAGUUGGAUCUGGUCACCGCCCACCGUUUGUACUACGCGAAGGGAGACGCGGAGAAGGCGAAGGGCGGGCGCCGGUCAUUCUUACCGUACCGACCGGUCGGUUUGUUCGGCAAUGUGAACGGCUUCGGCCGGUAACAUCAUCCCUCCUAAAGACAAAAUCGUCCAUUUUUAUUUUUUUCAAAAUUUUAUCUUUCCUUUUUCUAGGAAAAUAAAUUUUACCAUUUCAUUUUGAUUAUUUGUUUUCCAAUGUGGAAAUGCGGCUUCGUUGGGCUGUUUUUCUUCAUUUGUAAAGAUCUGGUGGUUUGACACUGACUAGAUGACAUCCUUCGCGGCUCACCACUCGAAAAACUUCAUUUUGGAAGAACCA